AGUAGAUGGCUGCUGCUGCUCUCCGUGUCCGGGGCUGCGUGACCUUCCGUGUGACACAGGGUGGGUGCAGCACGUGUGUGUGGACGGAUCUUGUCAUGUCACCGUGUGUUGUGUGUAGAUGUUCCAUUUAAGACCUUUGAACAGAAUAAAAAUUUUAGCAUUUCAAGCGACUAAAAAGCAUUAUACACCUCGGAAGGAGAAGCCAGUGCUCACUCUCUUUACAAAGAAUCCAUGUCCACUUUGCGAUGAAGCUAAGGAAGUUCUUGCACCAUACAUGGACAGGUUUGUUUUAGAACAAGUGGACAUCACACUUCCAGAGAACACGGCCUGGUAUGACCGCUAUAAGCAUGACAUUCCCGUGUUUCACCUUAAUGGACAGUUUCUGAUGAUGCACAGAGUAAAUAUCAAGAAAUUGGAGAGAUACCUUAGUAAUUUGGAGCAGGAGGAUGCAUCUAAAUGACUCUAUAUAACAAUUCCAACAAAACAUGUAAAAUGAUAACUUCAUCUCCAUGCUGAACAUCAAGAGGACUGCUAGACAUCAGACUGUAUGCAAUAUAUGAUUAAACUAUAUGACAAAAUCUCAAAAUUUAAAAUGUUUCAAAUAU